GUCUUCGUUUGAUGUUCACGGGUUUAUGGCAGACAAGUGACAUUUGCGUUCCGGCGCUGGUAAAUUAGUUUGGGUUGGGGAAGAGGAGUGCUUAUGGUUGGGCGAACGUAACCUUUAUUUUGCAUUGUGUGACGAGAAUAUGCCUUCGUCUUUGUGAGUGUCAUAAUGAAAAUAUAGCUUUAAUAAUUCUUGUUAUGAAAUGUGAAUCGUGCAAAAGUAUGAGAUUGUAUUGCUGCGGAUUUAAUGGUUUCGGACAAGUGUCACCAUCGAAGCAAAUUGAUACAACAGGGUAUACAUUGUUUCCGCUCAAGAACGUAACGGAUGUUUCGUUUUCGUGGAAUUACAUGGUGGUCCUUACAGGUACAGAUGUUUACGUGUCUGGGUUUGUGGAAGAUGAAUCGAAUAUUAGAAAGAAACUUAUUUUGGGCGAUGAAGAGAGAGCGAUACAGGCUGCUUGCUCCUCUUCACGGGCAUUGAUACUUACAGAUAGCGGUGAGUGUUGGCAGUACAUUUCGUCCACAGGGGCCUUAAAAAAGCUGCCAAAUUUUGUGAAUGUUGAGACUGAGAUGUCUACAUCUGAUGAUGAGAAGGAAACUGUAAAUAAACAGUGUAGACAUGGGAAGAGGAUUCAGGAUGGAGCAUUUCCAAAUUCGAGUAGUGGAGAAUCCCACCAAAAAAUUGUUAAAAUAUGCUGUGGUGAAGCUAUUCAUGUGGCAGUAACUGCGGCAGGUUGUGCCUUCAGUAUUCCAUCUCCAUUGCCUCUCACGAAACAUCGUGUGACUGCUGUUGCUUGUGGUAUAGAACAUUGCCUCCUACUGACAGAUGCUGGAACUGUUUACUCUUGGGGAACUGGCACGCGUGGUCAGCUUGGACUGGGCACAUUUGAAAACGAAGAGAAACCUUGUGAAGUGGAGGUUUUGAGUGGACUGCAUGUAACAUUUGUGGCAGCUGGUGGAUGGCAUUCUGCAGCUGUCACAUUAUCCGGUGAUUUGUACAUGUGGGGAUGGAAUAAUUCAGGUCAGUUAGGCCGACCGGCUUUUCGUAGAAGAAAAAGUGCCAAUGGCAGGCUUGAUGACUCAUCAAGCACAGCUCUUGAAAGGAAGCUCUCUGAGAAAGGGACAGCUAGGUCACCUGCUGACAAAGGUGGUGAUGUUGAUGACAGUGGUUUCUCUCAGAUUGGGUGUAGAAAGUAUGAUGAAAGCUCAGGGAUACAUAGUGAUGAAAACAAGGCAAAAAAGCGGAAAGCUGGUGCUGAUGAAGAUGAUGCAUUUAAGACUGAUGAAAAAGACAGCUCCUUUGAAAAAGAUCCGUCAACUCUAAUUGGAGUGCCAAUGCCUGUAGACUUCCCAUCUGGUAUCUAUGCCAAUGUGAAGGAGGUGGGGUGUGGAAGCCGUCACACAAUAGUACUUUUAGAUGAUGGUUCAGUGUGGGGCUGUGGUUGGAAUGCAUAUGGACAGCUAGGCAAGCGACCAAGUGUACUCCUUAAUGUCGAUGAAAUGACAAGGCUAACACUACCAUCUGCCAGCAGUAAUGGAGAGACCGGCAGUCUGAAAGUUGUAGGUGUAAGAUGUGGAGCAUGGAACUCUGGUUUGUUAGUGGAAGAUGACUUGUCUGCGUGCUGACUUUUUGUUGCUCAAAGUAUUGUACAAGAUUGUGCCAUAUUUAUUUCUGUGAUCUUAUGAGUGAUAUACUUUACAGCUUAUAAUAUUUUAAAGCAAGUCCUAAGCACAAAAUAAAUUUUUCUUUUAUUCCUAAGUUUUAUUAGGUCUGUAUGUACAAAUAUGUUGCUGAAGAAAAUAUCAAUUAAGUUUUUUAUACAUAUGCAGUCUUUUAUUUUUUAUAUAGUGCAAAUAUAUACAUAUAAAUAACUUAUUUGUUUAUUAAGAAAUAUCUUGUGUAAUAGACUGAGUAAUGUGAAUGUGUGUCAUUUUGCUUGACUGUUAUAUUAGCAAAUGGUAAUGUGUGGAUCUAAACUUCAGAUUUUUUGUAAGGAUUAGGUAUUCAGGCCUUGACAUAAAACAUUAUCUCUGUACAUUCAUCUAAUAAUCUUCAUAGGCUGGCAAGCUGUAUGGUAUUAUAAGUACUUAACGGAUUGUUAAAAAGACAUUUCCUCUGUUUCUGAGUGUUCCAUCAGUAUAAAACAUGCAAUCAUAAAUGUCCUUAACAUGACCUUUACAACAGAAGUAUCUUCGGGUUAAUUGAUAAAAGUACUGGAGGGAAAUACUAGUUUUCUCUCUGCUGUUUAUCAGUGAUUUAUUUUAUUAAGAACAAAGUAACAAGACCUGAAAAGCUUUUCCUUUCUCAAAUUGUUCGCUCAUUAUUUGAAAUUGUGCUAAUAAUCAGAAACAUCAAAGAUAGUUAAACUUGCUUUUAAAUUUUGCUAUUGUGAAGUUCUUAAAAUUUUUGUCCUAAGCCUGUCAUCAACUUUAGUACUUCCAUUUAAGUACUUACACAUUGUCAUAAUUACUGAAUUAAAUUUUUCAAUACCUGCUAAUACCAAACUAUAAUUUUUGAAGCCUGCUAAGACAUGAAUAUGAGUGUUGCCUUUUUAUUGUGAGAAAUU